UACUUUGACCAGUGGCUGAGGAGGCUGUGGCUGAGGGGGUGGAGCGGCGGGCAUAACCCUGGUAACCGCGGUGGGGCGAGAGUUGACUACACUGAAGAAGACCGACUUGUGUGGUCUGCCAGCCCCACAGAAGAGGGGGUGGGGAGCCGAAGAGGAUAAAGAAAGUUAAACUGCUUUUCAGCAUCCCAUGAAACAUUUACACUGGCUUACAUAGACUUUCUGUAAAAAGUACCAGCAUGUACAGACCAGGGGGAAAAGUGAAGCGUCGGAUGCGUAUGCAUAAUUCUAGCAUAAGAAGUGUUGAAGUUGCUAGAGGGAGAGCAGGAUAUGGAUUUACCCUUUCUGGACAAGCUCCCUGUGUUCUCAGUUGUGUUUUGAAAGGAAGCCCUGCUGAUUAUGUGGGACUUAAAGCAGGAGAUAAAAUAUUUGCAAUAAAUGAAAUUAAUGUGAAAAGGGCAUCCCACGAAGAUGUAGUGAAGCUAAUAGGCAAAUGCUCUGGAGUUCUACACAUGGUUAUUGCUGAGGGAGUUGGCCACACAGACUCUUGUUCAAGUGAUGAAGAAGCUAGUUUUUAUGAUGGGAAGGGGUGGCUAAAACCAAAACCUGACUCUAAAGGAUUGGGUAUAAACAGAGCAGAAAAGGUGGUUGAAGAAAUGCAGUCUGGUGGAAUUUUCAGCAUGAUCUUUGAAAAUCCUAAUGUAUGUGCUGGUGAUAUGCAGACCUCGAGAAGAAAGCAAAUGCCAGCUCAUGAUGUUGCUGCUGUUAAAUUAGAAACUAGACCUGAAAAUGUAAACCCUAAUAUUCUCUACAAUGAGGAACUGCCCAAAGCCUUGAAUGAUGACUCUAUGUUUAGAAUUGGAUUAGAAAAUCAGGAAUAUUUUGGACUGGAUGCAAGCAUUUUAAAUGUGGCUAUGAUUGUAGGCUACCUGGGAUCUAUUGAACUUCCCUCUUCAAGUUCAAAUCUGGAAUAUGACAGUUUACAGGCUAUUCGUGGAUGUAUGAGACGCCUUCGGGCAGAACAAAAAAUCCAUUCAUUGGUGAUGAUGAAGAUUAUGCAUGAUUGUAUUCAACUCUGCAGCAAUAAAUCUGGUGUGAUUGCUGAGUAUCCUGCAGAGAAGCUAGCGUUUAGUGCUGUAUGUCCUGAUGACAGAAGGUUUUUUGGGCUAGUUACCAUGCAGACCAUUGAUGACGCAAGUUUGGCUCAAGAAGAUGAAGCAGUUUUGAGGACAUCAUGUCAUGUAUUUAUGGUGGAUCCAGAAUUAUUUCAUCAUAAAAUUCACCAGGGCAUUGCUCGUCGUUUUGGAUUGGAAUGCACAGCAGAUCCGGACACGAACGGCUGCUUAGAAUUUCCGAUGUCCUCUCUACCUGUUCUUCAGUUUAUCUCUGUUUUGUACAGAGAUAUGGGGGAAUUGAUUGAAGGAGUACGAGCAAGGGCCUUUCUUGAUGGAGAUGCAGAUUUUCAUCAAAAUAAUAGUAUGAGUAGUAAUAGUGAUAGUGGUAUUGGAAACUUUAACCAAGAAGAGAAAAGCAAUAGAGUUUUGGUAGUUGAUUUAGGAGCUAAUUCAAAUAAACAUGUUCUUAGUACUAUGCGGGACAGUCCUAUAGGGAGAGGUCCAGCAGCAUCCCACUGGAAUUUUGGUCAUGAACAAGAGGGGAACUCUGCUGUAGAAGCAAUAAAUGAUAAAUCUCAGAAUCUAAGUAAGUUCUUGGCUCCUGCAGCUCGCAUUGAAGUCCCAUUAGUUCCUCCUCAAAGCUCAGUUAUGUCAUGCAAGAAAAGUUCUGUGGACACUUCUAAUCAAAGAUGGUUGCCCGUACAUGUGUUAAAGGAUUGGCAACAUGGAAGUGUAAGUGACCAAGAGUCAUACACAGAUUCUACAGAUGGCUGGUCAAGUAUAAACUGUGGUACUCUUCCUCCUCCAAUGAAUAAAAUUCCUGCUGACAGAUACAGAGUUAAUGGCAGCUUUGGCCCACCUCAUCUAAUGUCUCAAAAGAAUGAAUGGUCAAAAAAGGGAUUUCAUAUGCAGAACACAUUUGACACUCAGCACAGUGUCAGAAAGACUAAAGAAGAUAAAAAGUGUACAAACUUCAGACACACUUCUGGAUUAGCACAACCUCCCCAACGUUCUGCACGAAGAUUUUUUGGACGGUCAAAGAGAUUCAGCAUUACUCGUUCCCUGGAUGAUCUUGAGUCUGCAGCUGUGUCUGAUGGAGAGCUAAAUAGCACUGAUUUGAAAGACUGUGUCAGUGAUAACAGCCUCAGCAGUAAUGCCAGUCUUCCAAGUGUCCAGAGUUGCCGACGACUUCGAGAAAAAAGAGUUGCAAGUUGGGCUGUUUCAUUCGAAUGGCUUCUUCAGGAUCCAGCUGGUGUUAGGUACUUCUCUGAAUUCUUACGGAAGGAAUUUAGUGAAGAAAAUAUUUUAUUUUGGCAGGCUUGUGAAUAUUUUAACCACAUACCUGCUCAUGACAAAAAAGAGCUUUCUUUCAGAGCUCGGGAAAUCUUUAAUAAGUUUUUAUGUAGCAAAGCUACAACCCCAGUUAAUAUUGACAGCCAAGCACAGCUGGCAGAUGAUGUUCUCAACGCACCACACCCUGAUAUGUUCAAGGAUCAACAGCUUCAGAUUUUCAACUUGAUGAAGUUUGACAGCUAUACACGUUUUCUGAAAUCUCCACUUUACCAAGAAUGUAUUUUGGCAGAAGUUGAAGGCCGGCCUCUCCCUGAUCCACAAUGUAUUCCCAGCAGCCCUACUUCUAAGCACAGUUUUGGUUCUGAGCGGUCCAAUAUUUCAACACCAAAAAAGUUAAGUGGAAAAUCCAAGUCUGGACGAUCCUUAAAUGAAGAAUCUGGAGAGGAAGACUUGGAGAGAAAGAAAAAAGGGACCUUUUUCUCCUGGUCUAGAAGCAAGAGUUUGGGGAGAUCACAGAAGAAAAAAGAAAAUGGUGAUUGUCCAAAAGAUUUCCCCACAGAUUCUGCUCAUACCAAUGGAUUGUCCUACCGACACGAAUCUCAAGAUUCAUUGUCAUCAGCUGCAAGUCUUGACUUGUUUGACUCCUCCAGGGCAUCAGCACCUGUAACUGAGAAAGAGAAAUCUUUCAAAAGCUGCCAUAUAAACUUUCCAGAUGGCUCAUCCUAUACAAUGACUGUGAGAGCUGGAUUCUCAAUCAAAGAGAUGUUAUCUGGGUUCUGUGAAAAACAAGGCAUAAACAUAGCUGCAGUUGAUCUGUUUUUAGUUGGUGGGGACAAGCCACUUGUAUUGCAUCAGGACAGCAGCAUUUUGGAUUCCCGAGCUCUUCGUUUAGAAAAGCGAACUUUAUUUCGGCUGGAUCUCAUUCCUAUCAAUAGAUCCGUUGGCUUAAAGGCUAAACCCACCAAACCAGUAACAGAAGUCCUACGACCAGUGGUUGCAAAAUAUGGUUUAAAUCUUAAUAAUCUUGUGGCAAGACUAAAUGGUGAGCAGGAACCAUUAGACCUUGGUGUUCCCAUCUCUAAUCUAGACGGACAGAGAGUUAUUCUGGAUGAAAGGGUACCAACAAAGGGGAAAGCAUUCACAGACCAGGGAAGGGGGGCCUCAGUAAAACACAGCACAACGGUACCCUCUAAUACAAGAACUCAAGCACCUACAGGAGAGGGAAGAACUCUAGGAAAGUCUAAUUCUAUUAAAAUAAAAGGAGAAAGUGGAAAAAAUGCUAGGGAUACCCGUCUAGCAAAAAGAGAAGAAUGUAUUGCACAGACUGGGGAAAAAAAGUGUCAGAAAAUUAAUUUGGACGAAGCAGAGGAAUUUUUUGAACUCAUAUCCAAAGUGCAAAGUAACAGAGCAGAUGACCAGAGAGGGCUGCUGAGAAAAGAAGACCUGGUUUUGCCGGAGUUUCUUCACUUGCCUUCCUGUGGGACAGAACCUAUGUCAUCUACACCUGAAGGGUCUAAAGACUUCAGCAAGAGAAUUGCACAUCCCAGCGUCAAAGACAAAUGUACCCAGCUAGGUAACAAAGUGGACUUCAAGAAACCUAGUAACGAAAGUUCAACCAUAAAAUCGGGAAGUAAACCGAAACCGGCUCCACUGGCAACUUUCACCAGCCCGAAGACCUGCAGUGUUCCUUUUAAUGCCCCACUGUCUCCAAUUCUGCCAGAUGCCAGCAAAUGGAAAAGGCAAUCAAAAGAACUUCAUAUAGAAAGUAUACAAACGAUUGAGGAUGAGAACGUAGCAGAUCUGACUCUGGUGGCUGAGGGAGACAUUAGCAGUCCUAACAGUACAUUGCUGCCAUUGCCACUGCCACCCUCUUCUUCUUCUUCAGACAAAAGCACACCCAUAGACGCCAAGUAUCCACCUCCCGUUUUACUAACAGGUAAUCAGGAAACACCUACCUUUGAGCAAUCCAAAUCAGGUGUGACCAACAGACAGAAAACAGAUAUGAAAGUAGCUGGAAGAAAUCUUGAUAAACAAAGGUCUAAAAAAACGAUUCGAAGUUUUAAGCCUGAUGGAAUUAGGAAUAAACCGUUCAAAAAAGAGCUCCCCGUUAAUCGCAUCAUAGAUGUAGAUGGUGUUGCAUCAAAAGGUGGUCCGGAAUCUGAGGAAUCAGAAGUGAACCUCAGUUUUGAAAGCUGUAACUCAGAACUGAAAUCUUGCCAGGGGAGGAUGCGAACAGGAGUUUACAGAACAUCAGAUCUUCCAACUCUGAUUGCUGUUAAGAGUGAGAAAAAUAAGGACAAUGGGAACCAAUGCAAAGCAACAUUUGUUUAAAGCUGUUAUAUACUUCAAAGUUCCUGCAGCUCAUUACAAGAAUUAAUGCACGUGACAGAUCCAUUCCAUCACGGUGCUAAGAGACUUGUUGCUUAUUGCCUUUGGACUGCAAACAUUAACUGCACAGUGUGCUGUUGUUGGAAAAGCAUAAAAUUUGUUGACGGCAUUCUGAGAAAAUCCAAGAGGAAAUCAGUCUUGUUACAAACCUGAAUUAAUUUGCCAAUCCAUCUUUGUAUGCCUAGUGAUCCAGAUAAGAGUGCACUAUAGAAAACCUCUUCAGCCACAGCAGCGGAAAUUCCUCUGUGCAAUAACAUAGCAGAGGUUUAUUAAGCAGCUACAUGAGUUUUAGUCCAGAUUUCUGCACAUUUUGUUUUCUUAAAGUCUCACCCAGUCUGGAUGCUCCCUUUCAGAGAUAAGUCUUUAAAUUAAAAUCAUUCAGUCUCUCCUGGAUUUAAGCUGGUCUUCCAUGCUGGGGUGUAUUUAUGAAUGGUGGCUAGCUGUACUUAGUUGCUCUCUGAAUAUAAUAUUCUAGAGAAUAUAAUAAUAUUCUUUGCUUGUUUGUAAGGUGUAUCAAUCUAAGGUUUGUGUGGUGUAUCCAGCAAUCCAUCUAGGAGUUCCAUGACUAAAUAGCACGAUAUUGUAAUGUAUGUGGUACUAUGAACUUAACCUAAACGUUCACAUGGGAUGCAACUUCAGCAGAAGUGAUAUAUCUGCCAGAGCAGUUUUCUGGAAUUGCUUGCAGAGUAGCCAAUUUUAUGAGACAAUCUAGUCCUCCAUUUCUCUUGCUUGUCUUUCAAAGGGCUACAUUCUCUGACAUAGUACUUUGAUACAUGAUAAGCAACAUCAUUUUGGAAAAUGGUAUGGGAGAGCCUACAGAAUUUCCCCCAAGCAUCAAAUAAUGCAUCAUGGAAUAUCUUGCAAAGAAAAAGACCCUUUAGAACAUUUUGCUCAAUUCAUUUUAUCACAUACUGAAGUAUCAUUAAGAAUUAAGAACAUAUGUGGGCCUGCUAACUGAGCAAAGAGGCACCUUUUUAAAGUGUUGAUUCUCUUUAUUUAGCACAGGGAGAACAACUGGCCCUAUCCAUCCCAGAGCAGCAUUCCUCCAGUGACUGUUGCUGGUGCCUACCUUUUGUUUCUUUUUUAGACUGUGAGUCCUUUGGGGACAGGGAGCCAUUUCAUUUAUUUAUUUCUAAUCUAUGUAAGCCACUUUGGGAACUUUUAUUGAAAAGCAGUAUAUAAAUAUUUGUUGUAUUCGCAAUGAUCCACAUGAAUUACCAUGUCCACUUAUCCAUGGGUAAGUGUAAUGCCUAGAAUAGGUCUUACUAGCUGACCCCACACAAAGU